AUGGCGUCACAACGAGCUUUAUUUACCGCCACUCCAACCCAGACGCUCACCUAUCUGCUUGCUAUCUGUCCAUUUUCAAUCUCCUUUCUAGUUUUCAUCAACUCAUCCGUCUCAUUCGUGGUCACUGAAUUGAUUGGGCUACAUGAUGGCACAGGCGAUGCUGUUGGUACACUGGGGUUUGCAGAUGAACUGCUCGCGCUGGCCGCGUGUCCAAUGUGGGGAGUACUUUCUGAUCAUAUAGGUGUUCGCAACGUUACCACCGUCGGGUACGCCAUCAUUGCUGUUGCCCUGGUGCUGUUCGUGCAAGCAAGCAAUGUCUAUCCUCAACUGCUGCUGGGGAGGCUGUUCUUCAGCCUGGGAGGCUCUGCAGUUUCAACCAUGGUUACCGCUGUGCUGCCUGCUGUGACCGAAGCUCACCCCAGCCAGCAACCAGGCCAUGAAGUUGAGCCCCAGGCUCAAUUGAGAUCGCCAGCUUCUAGACUAGCCGGUUUUGUGGGCAUGUGCGCUGGGUGCGGUGCCCUGAUAUCUCUGGUUGUGUUCCUCCCGCUACCCGCUCGGUUUCAAAGCUGGGGCUAUUCCCCAUCGGAAGCAAUCCAAAAUAGCUAUUACUUGGUUGCCUCGAUUGCACUUUUGAUCAGCUUCUGCUGCUUCAUGGGCCUGAAAGGGCUAGCAAGCGAAGAAGGGAAGGGGUGGAGCUCAUUGUGGCCGACCUCAAAAGACAAGCCGCAUGAGGGAGUUCAGAGUUCACCAGGCCAUGGUGCAAGGCAGUCACCGUAUCUGAACCAACUAAGUACCGCAUUUGCCAUAGGGCUGAGAAACCGGGAUAUCUUUCUUGGCUACCUGGGAGGCUUCGUAGCACGAGCCUCAUCGGUCGGUAUUUCGUUGUUCAUCCCGCUCUUUGUCAACCAUUACUAUCGACAAUCUGGACUUUGUGGGGAUGGCCUCGACGAGAACCCAGAAAGCGUUCCCGGGGAUAUCAAGCGGACCUGCCGCAAAGCCUACAUCUUGGCAUCCAUCCUCACUGGUGUUUCCCAGCUGAUUGCGCUGAUUGCGGCGCCAGCAUUCGGGUUUCUGUCUGAGAAGUCACGCCAGUACCAUGUGCCGCUUUUGCUUGCAUCUUUGGCGGGUAUUGUCGGCUACACAAUCUUCGCGCUACUGCCCAGUCCCCAGUUCAGCGGAGCAGACGGUAGCCCAGCAGUGUUUAUCGUAAUGGGCCUGAUUGGUAUCAGUCAGAUCGGGGCCAUUGUCUGCAGCUUGGCGGUGCUGAGCAAUGGGAUCCUCAACAUCAGCCUUGACUCUGGACAUCCGGUAAUCUACCACAGUGGAGAGCAAGAACCGUCCCAGAUUGCCAAUGGACAAAGUUCAACGACUGAAGCGGGCGAAGGCGCCGAUGAGCAUCAGCCCUUGUUGUCGCAGAGGUCUGCACACGCAAGCCGAUAUCAGCUUUCGAAUCUGAAAGGGUCGAUUGCGGGGGUCUAUUCUCUAUAUGGAGGUGCGGGGAUUUUGAUACUUACCAAAGUCGGCGGUCUUCUAUUUGAUGAUCUGUCCCCCGGUACCCCGUUCUAUAUCAUGGCUGGCUUCAAUGGGGUGUUAUUCUUGGCCGGGCUUGCCACCGGCGCGAUAGGCUUUUCCCGAAAGGUUGUUGGACAUGAGGUGGCCUGA